UUUCCCAGAAAUAAAAUCAAUUCUUGAGACGCCUGUGGAGCAGGUAUCAGGAAGUGCAAAUGGGGGCCAGAGAUGGAUGAUUGUGUGCAUGACAACAUAGCAUGAGCUAUAUAGCAUGAGAAAUCCUCCCCAUACGACGAAAAGGAACUUCCUCACAAAGGGAGUGAGCCCCUCUUCUUGGAAAAUGUCUGUGAUUCCUAUCUCACGGCUGCCCUUUGCACUUUCCACUGCUGCUGGGGGCUUUCCCCCCACACCUAUUCCGAGGUCAUUUGUAUAUGUACGUGUUUUGUAUUGUGCGGCCACCUUGCCCCACAUUCGUCCCUCACGUGUGCAACCUCCCCGUGUUAUCAUCAUCAAUCACGGGGAGUUGCAAACUGCAUUCGUUUUCCCCGCAUCAUUUGGGCAAGAAAGCCAGCACCGCGCAGAAAAUACCUCGCGUCGCGCAAAGAGAAUGAUGUCAGGUGAAUAAUGAAAUAUUAUCAGAAAGGAAUACCAUGGUGGUAACGCUGCCAGAUGGAUUUGCUGGCUUGUUGCUGCAAAACAAAAUGCAAUGCCAAUUUGCCAUGGAAAAGUCGCGAAAAAAAGACUGUGCAAACUCCGGCACCGUGGAGGAGUCAUCCAGCAUCCACGUCGCCUGUAAAGAAUAUGGAAAGCACGGAGAUUCUACCAAAUGGCGCCACGAAGAAUCGAAAGUGGUCGCUUGGGGGAUUUUUUCGGCGAAAGAAGAAGGACAUUGAAUCGGAUUCGAGCUCCGAAGAGGAUCGCAAGGCGGGUUUUUCGCCAAAAAGAAAGAAUAAGGACAAAAGGAAGCGAACUAGUAAACUGAUUGGAUUUGAUCAUAUUGUUGUACCACCUAAUUUGCAACAGAGAGAACCUCAAGAGAGGAUUGGGCAGCAAACGGGCUCCCUGGAUCGACGCCUGAGGGCACACAGGAAGACUGGUGGGAAGGAUGAGAAUGGCGGGAAAUCAUCGAGUGAUGAGAAUUUGAGUCAUAACUCCCUGCAAUCGAGUGGGAUUUGUCGUUUUAGGAGUGACGACAGCUUGACGAAUCAAAGUGGCGGUUCGACGGGGAAUAAAAAAUCACGAUCAGCGAGAACGGAGAGGUAUCUGAAGCGUCGAUCGCGCGAUGAGGAAGGCUCCAGUCCCAAUCAAACCAUAUACGGUGGGCGAUGGAAGACCCAACCCAUUACAUAUAGUUCCCAGUCAAUUGACACACCACCAAUGAGCCAUGUACGCCACCAGACGAGUCUGCAGAGUUCCUCAAGUCUCACGCACGUGCCGGUGAGAUUCAUGAGCAAUGGCCUCAUUGUGCCGCCCGAGCUGCCCGCGAGGCCUGUGAAUGUGGCGAAAGUGAGUGCGGAUAGGCGUAGCUUCAGCUACGACAACUCCAUGAAUCGCAUCUCACCGGAGACACACCUAAAAAGUCCGCCACCACUUCCGCCGCCACGGGAUCCACAGCGACGUCUCAAUGUUUACGUCGAAUCACGUCCAAUUUCAUAUGCCUUUGAUCGCAAUGCCGCCCCAGAGGGCGCAUGGACGGAAAUGGGGGAGAGAUGUGUCAGCGAUAAUCGUCUCAAUGUCCCCCAUCUAUCACCAAGGAGACCAUCUUCGGUGCAACCUGAAAAUCCCCCAAGACGCUUCAUAACACGACGCGACCCAAAUGGCCUAAACAGCAAUGAUAGGAACAACAAUAUGGAAACAAUUACAAGUGGAACAUUCAAAUACCUCACUGAUUCAGCUCCACGUUCCCGCAAGCCCAUACAGAUGGUCCCGGAAGUUCCGGGAUUCUAUGGGAAUGGUGUGGCAAAGAUGCACGAUGAGAGGAGGCAGAGUCAGACACAGAGUGCCACGGAUUUCUGGCGUAGAAUCGAUGAGGAUGCCCGAAAUCGUAAUCAUGAUCCACAAAUUGUAAAGCCGAAGGUUCUAAAACCCAAAUCCUACAGGUAUGAUAUUCCAGUGCCGCAGAUUGUGGACUUUUUGGAUGACAAUCGCAACCGUGUGGCUAGUCUGCCCAGUCACUACGGGGGGAAUCGCUAUGAGGAGCAUGUAGCGAAGAAUGUGAGUGGGCAGCGGAUGAAGCCACUAGAAAUGACUGCAACUGUCGUCACGCAGUCCUUCCCAAGGAGAGUCCCUCCGGAACCCCCUGCCAGGGGUAGUAGUACACUUGGGAGGAAGUCUGCGAAUCUCGAGGAGGCCAUUAAUGAAUUGGAGGAAAUUUACAAGAGUCUCAAAUUAACCGAUGAAGCUCUCUUGGAUCGUGCAGAGCGCAGAGAUAUGCCAACACCGGUGGAUUUUUCAAAAAUUUGUGCUGCAGACUACGAUGAUGAGGAGGAAGAGAAUCACGGAGAGCCUGACAUUGUGAAGGAUGAUGUGGCAUAUAGGAAUCUCAAACAUGCCAAUAGUGUGCCCAAAAUGAUGGAGCCUCUUCCCUUUGGAAUUCCCAUUGGGCCAAUUCCACCAUCCCCGGGAACGGAUUAUCUCAAAUAUGCACCGCCAGGUGAUAAAAAAGCACCCAAAAAGUCCCCGGAUAUUGUAAAGGAUGACCUUGCGUACAGGAAUUUGCGUAAAGACACAAAUGAGGGCAAAAAGGCUGAUCAUUUUGUACUUCCGAAGCAAAAAAAUCGAGCCACGAGAACAAUGUCAGCAAAUAUCUACAAUCUCAUCCAGAGGGAUGCUGCUAAACCAUCUGGAGGUACAAUUGAGGAUUACCUGGCGCUCGAUAGGAAGCCACUAAUUCACCUAACGGACGCCAGUGAUGAGGAUGUACCUUCAACUGUUUUUGUCGUGAGAAAACCUAUUCCUUGCCACCCGACAAAUUACAAAAAUGGAGCUGUUUUCAAUCUCCCCUCCACGCUGAACACUCUGUCUCCACCCACGACUUCGUGUAAGCCUCCAAUUCCAUCUAUCCGGAAAAGUGUGAGUCCGGAUGUGAAAAAACUCCAAGACAGCGAAAUGGAGGACACUCUCAAUGCCUUGGCGCGCGAAGCAAAGAUAACGAGUGAGAAAUUGGGCAGGGAUUUAAUGGUGCUGCGCCGUGAGGCAAAGCCUGGCUCUGAUGCAUCUGCUGAUGAAUCAAAAAUAAAUCUUGAGCGCGAGAAGAAAGAGGAAGACAUUGAGGAAGUUUCACGAGCAGCACGUCUCUGUGAGGAAAUUCUCAAGGGUGUAGUGAAGGAUGUGAAGAAGUUGGAAUCACCGGAGAAAGUCCUUCAGAGUAGUAGAUUAAUCCAUGAAAUUAGUGAAGCCUCAAAAGCGGUGAGAGCAUGUGAAAAGAUGCUCAAGGAUGUUGUUCAGGAUACACCGAAGAAAAUGCUGAAGGAUGAAAAAUUAAUUCAUGACAUCAAUGAAGUUUCCUUAGCUGUGGCGGGAUGUGAGAAAAUCCUGAAGGAAGUUGUAAAAACAACAGAAGUUUCCCCAACGAAAACUUCCCCAGUGAAAAUGUUGCCAGUGGAAGUUCCUCAAGCAAAAGCACCACAAGUGGUGGAAAGUCCUCCGGUGAAAAGUCCAACAAAAGUUGGGGAUCUCAUGGAGGAACUUCAUCCGGAAAAGUUAACCGCCAUCACGGAGAAAUGCAUGGAACAGUUGAAAAUUCUCAAGGAGGAUGACACUCAGGGACCUGAUUAUGAUAAUCUCAAUGGGGAAGUUGUUGCUCCCACACCAGCUAGCCGCCAGGUGACAGAAGCUAAGCAAAUGAGAAAGCUGAAAAUGGAAGCAGAUAUAGAUCGAAUGAUGAAGGAAUGUUCGGAAUCUACCACGGAAACAGUGGAGAAACCAAGUACAACAUUCAGUGAACUUACAAAGCUAAUUCGUGAGAGUGCCGGUGAGGAGGGAAAAGUUGAUGAGAGUGUUGAUCAGGUGGACUCCGAUAAGACACCGUAUUCGUCACCUGUUGAUGAAGUUGCUGAGAGGAAGACACCGCAUUUUGUGGAGCAAACCACCGUGGAUAGCCCAUCACCUCCGCUUGAGCUCACACCACCUUGCCUGGAUGAUGAGUCGCAGUACAAUUCGUCGGAAGAGCUGGCGAUGAUCUUCGGCAUCAGCCAGUCGUGCCAGAGUCUCAAUCAACCACCGGAAGCUGGUGCAACCACAGAUAGCACUGCCACAACCAUCAACUGCCACGAGCAACAAUUAAUUCCUGACGACAUCAAUGAGCCCCCCCAACCAAUUAGUGCCCUCCUAACAAUAAUAUGCAAAGAAAGUGUUUCAUGUACGCCUCCUGUAGGACUUAAGUGUGUUGUUUUAUCAUCAGUGGACACCACCAUGCCGGGUCAGUCGACCAAAGUGCCACCGGAUAGAAAUCCUCCCGCCAUGCGUACCACCGCCAAAUAUUCCGGCCACGAUGUCACCACGAAUGGCGUGAGGAAGCGGAAUAGUGUCGACGAUGAGGGUACCGAGGAGGAUGUGGAGGACAAAACAAUUAAAAAAUGUGAUAGUAGAAAAGUAGAUAGUGAUUUUAGUCGUAGCGCAAGAGCACAAAACGACAAGCCCAUGAAUGGGAAACACCGUGGGAGUUUGGAGAAAGUUGCAAGAAGUGACAGUCGAGUCAGUGAUAAGGAGUCGUCGUCGCCUGCCACGGAGCAGAGAUACAUAUCGAGAUCCAAUCGUGGAACACCCAUCGUGAGAAAUCAAACUCCGAGCAGUCCGGGGAGUCGUUCAAUGUACACGGAAGCUCUUGUCCACGUUUCACCCACGACGGGUACGAAAAGUGCGCCAAAAGUGGUCAAAGCUAUGAGUGUCGCCAUAUCAUCAUCAGGUGAGUCAUCGUCAACAGGUACGACGAAAAAAUCGAUUAAGACACCACCAGAUCAUCAACCGGUUCGUACAACGAAAGCAUCAAGGUUGCGAGCAGCUGCUCUAGACAAAAAGAAGGAAUCGAGUGCAUCGCCUUCAGCGGGAAGGAAGAUUGGUGGCCGGGGGUUGGGUGCAAAGAGAUUGGUGCCAUCGAUUGCGGUGUCGGUGAAUCAGACACUGAAGGAAUUGACCGUGGAGGGGGUGCCCAAGUAUUUGGUUGAAUCUCCCGACUCGGAUGUGAUGAGUAGUUCCUUCACCUUCUCCUCACCCUGCCUGAGGUCAUCAACAAUGAUUGGUGAGGUGAAUGUGGGUGAUUGUUCACCGCAAACACCGGAAUUGAGCCCCAUACGGAAGCAAUCAAUCUCACCGAAAGACAAGGAAAAGGAUAAAUCGUCAAAGAGAAAAUCAAAUUUGAAUAGAGCUCUCACGGAGGAAGCCACCAUGGAUGAUGGGGUUGAAUUUCGUCGGAGGAAGCGUCGUGAAUUGGGUGCAAUGAGAUUCCAGUCGACAGCUUUUGAAUCUCCACGUGCUGCCCAGAAGUCCGAUGAGGGCUUCGCAGGGGAGAAGAGACGCUCAAACACGCUCAGUCCGAAGCAUUACUUGAAGCAACCGCUGAGUGUGCGUUCGAAUGAAUUGAAAGUUUCCAGCGAUGGCGAAUGCAAUUUUACGCGCUUCAACCAACCCCUGAGAUCACCGACAAUUGACAAAGGAGCCACGAGGACGAGAGUUGUGCCAUAUGCUCAUUCAAGUAGAGAUUCCGACAGUGAUUACAUGCGGAAGAAUAGGAAACUCUCCGAGGUGGAGCAGAAGAUGAAUGCAAUGAAGAGAAGGACGAGGAAUGAUUUGGCAGCUAUUAAAAAGCUCGCCGGGUUGGAUGCACCGCGUACAACACCAACAACAACAACGAAUGAGGUGGCGGCGUGCGUGGAAGUCUCACCAGUUAACAAUAAUCACCACGAAAUGGAUCCCAAUGACAAUGGGCCAUUUAUGGAGCACGCGACUGAUGAAGUGUACGUUGAGCUGCGACGGAAGAGUGCUGAAGAGUCCCAACCACCGAAUCAACUUGUUUCAAUUCUAAAGAAAAAAGACAACGAAUCCGCAGCCGGGUCCAGCAAUGUAUCACCCGUAACAUUUUCCUCAAGCGUUGUGGAUACACCCACGCGGAAUAGCUUCCGGCAGGGCAUUCUCAAGAAGCGUUCCUCCCUCGAUGAGAGUCGCUACAGCCGUAGCCAUUCGCCCGAUGAGAAGAGUGCACUGGCGAAGAAUCCACGACGAAAUAGUCUCGAAGAGAUUCAGCAUGGUAUCCUCAAGUCAACGAGCUAUGAACGCGAAGCGGAGUCCCUGCAACCAAUGGAACCCCAUGGGAUUCUGAAGAAGAAAGACUCAACCUCCACGCCGUGUGAAACGCCAAAACAUGUCUCCAUUUCCCAAGCAGUUAUCCUUGCAGCAGCUGAACUCUGCAAGGACAUUCACAAUUCCUGCGAGAAUCCCGAAGUGAAACCCAUCCUCAAGACUGACUAUUCCAUGAGGAGUGCCCCCAAGCCCAUUCUAAAGAAAAAAUACUCAUCAGAGACGGAGGAGAUUCGUCCCAUACUCAAGACAAGUCGCAAAAGUAGUCGUGAAGAGAAUUCCGAUACAGACACCGAAUGCGUCAGAUCCAUCCUCAAGACAGAUUCCCCAUUUAAGAGGCUCUCAAAUCCCGAUACAGCAGCUGAUCGAACUAAUGCAGUCCUCCUGCGAAGUCGCUCCUUUGAGAAUCCCGAAGUCUACCCGAGUGAUGGGAGUCCCAGUGAAAGUGAAAAGACGCACGUCUCAGUGGCGGAACGUGUGAAGAAUAUGGAAUCGUUCCUCAAGCAAUCCGGUGCUGUGCCCAAGCUUACUGCUAGCUCAAGGAGGGACAUCUACAAGAAUCGCUUCAAGACUCAACCAGUGACUGUUGAUGAAAUUUCCAGUUUGCAGACAACAUUGGACAUUUUCCGUCCCUCAUUCAUUGAUGCUGUCUCAGUUACAUCCAAAUCAUCCCUGAGGAGCUUAGAUUUUCCCGUUUCAACGUCUUCCCUGGAUACAACCACCGAAUUCACAUCACAUUCACUGUCAGGUGAAUACAAUUUGACUUCCUUGAGUAGCGAUAGUGGUUUGCAUACGGCUAAGACAUCGGAGAUGUCCUCGGGGGAUUUUCUGCAUCAAAAGGACGACAUGGAGAGGCAGAGAGAUGAAUUUUCACCCGAAGGCAGCCCAUUGGGGCAUGGGGAGAAGGUUGAGGAGCCCCUAAAGCCCGUUGUACGUGUAAAUAGUGUUCGUGCAAAGGCGAAUAUGUUUAAGGAAAUGGAGAAUUUGCGGAAGAAGGAUGCAGAAAAACCCAUUACGUCACCAAUUAGGAAACGUGUUUUGCCAUUAAGUCAAUUUUCUGGAGAUGAUCACAACACAACAUCAAAAUCCAACAAUAUUUCCGACGAUUCUGGCACGGAAAUCGAACCAUCAUCAAUGUCCAUGGUGGAGAAAGUAAAAAUAUUUGAUAGAGGACCAAAUGUGAUGGUUAGUGUGCCAAAGAAAUCGAAGAAUUUGAUGAAAACCAUUGCAGUGGUGACAAAUGGAAUUAGGCAAUGGAGUGAUGUACCGCAGCAGAAAGAACCAAAAGCCAUGGAGGUGCGGGAGGUGGUGGCAAGGAAGGGCGUGUUUAGGAAUCGUGCUGAUCUCGUGAGGAAACAGAGAGCUGUUGUGCGGAGUUUCGAGGAAGCAUUCGAGAAAAUCUACCAAGAGAUCACUCUUGAGGAGAUCACGCGUUUGGAUGAUGAUUUCGAGAGGAUACUCCUAGAAGCCACGGAGACUUCUCCGUCAUCUUCGUCACUUUCCCGACCAUCGGAGAUCCUGAAAAAGUCAAAAUCCGGAUGCGUGGGACUCUUCCCGAUGGAUCUCAACAGUGAACUCAAGUCGCGCCUCAAGAAGUCAACGCACGCAUCCGUUGGGAAUCUCAAAAAGUCCGCAACGGCACAAAUUAUCAGCACCCCCGUGCAAACGGUUGAGGUGGAGAAGACCCCGUCGGAGAGUAGUGAUUCCGAGGAGGGUAUAAGUCCAUCGAAGAAUUUGGCAGCUAUACUGCGGAGUGUGUCAAAGGAGAAUAUCCAGAAGAGUCAACAGAAGACCCCACAGGCCUGUGAGAGUGAAGAUGUGAAGAGUUUGAGGAUGAAUUUGGCCAACAUUCGCAUGCGGGAGCCCGAACCGGAUAAAUCAACAAGCGAUGGGGAGAGCUCCGGCGGCAAGGAAGUGGCUAACAUCAUCAAGAAUAGUGCGAUUGCUCGACGUCGCAAAUUGGCUGAUGGGAAAACAAUCGCAAAGAGCAAGAGUCAAUCGCAACUUGAACCAUCUUUCCGUUAUCACGUUAAUCCAGCGGAUGAAUGUGAUUCAACGGACUAUUGCCAAGGGCUGAGGGGUGAGAAAGCUUCAGUGAAUCUUCCGGAUUACUUGAGAGGUGGCAUACGACGAAGUUUCACUCAGGAAAUGCGUCCGGAUCAGGAUCAAAUCUCCAAGAGUGGCUCAAUUGCUGACCGUCUGGCUGCGCUGCAGAAGAGCGGUGAGGAUGAUUGGAGGAAACGCUUGAGCAGUCGCAGAGACACAACGGACAAUGUUUGCACAGAGAAUCUCGUCAAUAAUGCCCUCCUGUUGGCACAAUCCCUUGAGAAUGCAGACAAAUCCGAAGCUUCGGCAAUAAUUGCGGAGAAGGAAAUUGGCAGCAAGGUCAGCGAUAGGUUGAGUAAGCUUGAGAUUUCAUCGCAAAGCUGGAAGAAUCGCAUUGAACCGUCGGACGCGCAAAAAUUCACAGUUGCCGCUCAAGUAAGGACUCCGGCAAAGUUGCCCUUUGACAAGGUCAAUGAGAAGCAUAGUCCGCCACAGAGAAUUUUCCGCAGUGCCAAUCCGCCGUUGUUGGGACUUGCGAAGAGCCCAUCGAUGAUGGUGCAGCAGAGCACGGAUGUGAUGACGCCACCGGCACUCAAGAGGAGUGUCAGUGUGCCCGGGGAGGAGGCGCAGGAGGCCACAACGAGGGUUACAGUCCUCCAGCCUGAUGACGAUGAGACCUUUGAGAAAUUCUUCUGCGGUAUACGCAACACUGUGAUAGAUGAAGAAGUGGAAAUUGCCGAUUUUGAUGCCAUAAAGUCAACGGAAAGGUUGGCAUUCAAGCGUAUUGUACAGGGCCCAAAGGGACGUCGUGCUGCCCGGAAUCCCCUUAAAUCCCUGGCAGCACGUGCGAAUAUCCAGAAUGAGUACACGGAGGUGAAGAGUGGCGUAACGGAGCGGGAGAUGAAGCGAAUGAAGCUCGAAGAGAUGGCCAGGAAGAGUCAUUUAGCCGUAGAGGCAAUAGCUGGCUUGGCAUCCGUUGAGGAUUUCAAGAGUGUCAACCUCAAAUCACACGCUCUACCCCUCAAUACGUCCUACUUACCCUACAAAGGCACGAUGUUGUUGCAAAUAAAAGGCCGGACGCACGUUCAGACGCGUCUUGUGGAGCCCACGUAUAGUAGCAUCAACACGGGGGAUUGUUUUGUCCUCGUGACGACAGAUAAACUCUUCCGGUUUGUCGGUGGGGCGGCAAAUGUGAUUGAACGCACACGAAGUCAGCAUGUUUGUGCAUUUAUACUGGAAAAUCGAGAUUUGGGAUGUGGGGCAACGAGGGAAUUUGUCGUGACGGACCGGAAGCCCGGGAGGCAUGAUGAGGACUUCUGGCGCGUGCUGGGGAGACCAAAAGACUGGGAGAUUGUUGAGUGUGGGCAUGCGGAUGAGGAUGAUCUAUUCGAAGGAUGUCUCACGGAGACAAAUAUGGUGUUUGAAUAUCACGAUGAGGCUCUCCAUCCUGUUGAGGAGUACUGGGGCUGUGCGCCGCGUAUUGAGAUGCUGAAUCCCGACAAAGUGUUGGUGUUCAAUUUUGCCAGUGAAAUGUACGUGUGGAGCGGGAAGAAUGCCGAUGGGGAUGCAAAGAGGGCAGCUCUGCGGUUGACGCAGGAAAUGUACAAUGCUGGCUAUGACUAUGAGGCGUGUGAUUUGAAUCCCGUGGAAUUUGCCACGUUGGCGGGUGCCAGGGAGGAGAAUGUGGUGGAAUUUGUGCGAAAGACACGGCCAGAGUAUCCGGAAUGGUGUCUCCUGGCGCGGGUGACGCAGCACACGGAGACAGUGCUGUUCCGGGAGAAAUUUCUCGAUUGGCCAGACUAUACGCGUGAUCCGCUGUGUCAGGAGUACUCCGUCCAUGGGAUUGGGGGUAUUAAGCCACCCGAUGGGGAACUUCUCUUCCACACGGGGCAGUAUGAGGAGCCGAAUGUGGUGCUGGAGAAUACAAAUCUCGGUCGAGGGCAUUUCUACUAUGAUCACGACACAAUGAGGCAUUUCGACGUACUCACGGACGCCGUGCAAAUGUGGCAGAUUCAGGAGAAUACCUUCGAUGUGGUGGAUGAGGGAUGUUUUGGGCACUUUCACACCGACAGCAGCUACAUCAUCAAGUGGAUUUAUCGCAUUAGUGUGACCGUGCGUGAAUUGUCGGGGAAUAUCUCAAAUAGGAGCACCGUGGGUAGGGAUCGGUGUGCAUACUUUUGCUGGCAAGGAAUCGCCUCGAGUGCCAAUGAGAAGGGUGCUGCGGCACUCUUCACGGUGGAACUGGACAAGGAGAAGGGGUCACAGGUGCGUGUGCGUCAAGGGCAGGAAGAUACGGCAUUUAUUCGUCUCUUUGGCACCAUGAUCAUCCACUGUGGACGCGAAACAUCCUCAUGGAGACUCUACAUUGUCAGUGGGAAUGAUGCAUGCGAAACUGUACUCACGGAAGUUCCCUGUGAGAUGGCACAACUCCGUUCCCGGACGUGCUUCAUCCUCAUUCAUGGAGAUUUGCAGGAAAUUCGCAUUUGGACAGGCUGCAAGGCCACGGAUAAUACUCAAAAAAUCACCAAAAAUGCCGCUGAGAAGAUCAAAGAGCAAUGCUCAAAGGAAUUUUUUAGCUCAGCCACAAAUUCCGAUGAAAUUUCCAUUAAGAUUGAUUACGAAGGUUCCGAAUCGGAUGAAUUCUUCGAUGCAGUCGGUGGGAAGAAGCGUGAGGAGUACUUUAGUCUACUGGAACUUGAAGAUCACAUUACGGACUUUACGCCGAGACUUUUUCAUUUUUCACGCACCGACGGAGCUUUCAAGGCUGUGGAGUUGUUUAGUCAAUUGAGAACUCGCGAGCAUGCAACGCCAUAUCCUUUCUCACAGCUGGACCUCUAUGGAGCACGUCAGCCCACAAUCUUCCUCCUCGAUGCAGGUGAGAAGCUGUGGCUGUGGAUGGGCUGGUGGCCAAAGGAGGACAGCGAUUCGAGUGAGGAUAGUGACAAUGAGUUGGUGAAUCGUGCUGGGGAGACUCGAUGGCUUGGCGAGAGGCGGGCAGCUCUCGCAACGGCAUUGGGCUACUGGAAGGCCAAGAAGGAGGCACAACGGGAGGAAGAUGAGUCCGGGAGUGGAAGUGACGAUGAGUCCGGGAGUGAUGCAGGGAAUGUUGUCUGGGCGGGUUUGGAGCCACUUGAAUUUAUCUCGCAUUUCCCCGAUUGGACGGCUCAUCCGCACGUGGAGGAGAUCAAUCGGAUGGAUGGACGAAGUGAGGAACUUGUGUCAAUUGGGCAGUAUCUGAGUCAAAUAACACAGCGAGAGUACCCCCUGGAGACACUCCUGGCGCGUCCACUGCCCGAGGGUGUUGACCCCACGCGCCUUGAGCUCUACUUAUCGCCCGAAGACUUCGAGGAGGCCCUCGGGAUGGGCCGUAGUGACUUCCACGAGCUCCCAUUUUGGAAGCAAACAAAGCUAAAGAAGGAAAUUGGACUCUUCUAACACGCACCCACGUCUGGCCGGGAUCUUUUGGGGAUUUCUCAGUAUUUUCACACAUUUUGGCACCACUUGAGGCGGGAUUUAGUCGGUAAAUUGCUCCAUUGCAACAGCUGAACUGAAUUAAUGAAAAAAAAGACCGAAAAUCUUCAUGGAAAAACAACAAAAAUUUAACGUUAAUUACUUACAAAUUCUUAAUGAGAAAACAAAAAAAAAUUUAAAUCAUUAUCUAACAGCACACAGAGCUCCUCCCACAUACACACACCCAAGAAAAGAUGAAAAAAUCACAAACCCUCCGUAAAAAAGAAAAUUAUUCAAAUAAAACUUUAAAAAAUUGAUGUAUAAUGGCGCAAUUUUUGGCCUUUUAUUGGCAUUUCGCGCAUGUUUUUUUUCCCUUUCUAAACGUCGCGCAAUUUUGUCUCUAUUUUGCAUUGAAAAGAAAAUUUUUCUGUGGCGAAUUUUUUAAAAGAAAAAAUAAAUGUUAAAUUUAAUAAAAAAUAAAAAUUAUCAGCAACAGAAGCACUCGCGUGAAGAUAACGUUAGUUUUUAAGGUGAUUUAGUAAAGAAAAAAAAAGUUUAAUAAUAAAAGAAAAACUCACAGAUUCAAUUUCGAUAAAAAAAGAACUAAAAUGGUGCCUUUGAAUGGAGUGUUUCACACACAUGAAAGGAAAAAUAAAGAAAAACAAUUAAGAGCACGUCUGUGGGGCAGCCAAAUAAAUAAGGAACUGCACAGUCAACAUCUUGAAAUGAUUUAAAAGAAAAAAGAAUUGAAAAAUAUAUUUAAAAAAAAAACAUUUUUUAAACAACUACAUUGAGGACAAAAACAUUCUAAAUUUUUUAUAUAAGAAAAAAAAACUAAUUGAUAAAGAUUAAGAGAUUUUCAACAACAAUCACCCGCCCCCCCAACACACCCAAUUUUAUUCCCAUCAUAAAAAAUUUCUAGUCUCUGAUGUAAAAAAAAGAAGAAUAUUUGAAAGAUUAACUGCAUUUGAUAAGAAAAAAAACUCUCAUACUCACAAAAAAUCAUUUUACUGAGAAAUAAGCAUUUUUUUUUAACUUUAGACAACAUUUUUGACAUAAAUUUUCAUUUCAUCCGUGUGCCAAACAAAGCGACUCAUUGACUCAUUUUUCUUUACAUCCUUCUUUGAACUUAGACAGUGAGAACAGCGAGCAAAGAAGGGGGUAAAGAUGAUGCAGAAGAAAUUGUAUAAAGAGAAAAAUCACGGAUUGGUGCUUUCUUUUCUUCUCUCUACGGUGUUUUCAUUAAAAUUCUUUAAUAAAUAUAAUCAAGAACAAUAUCUUAAUUGUAAGGAAACAAUAAAAUCGAAAGAAGUGCGCA